AUGGAAGUAUACAUUUACGACAUACUCGUAAAAAGUAUCGAGGUCUUAGACCACUUAGCCGAUUUAGCUAAUCCCACGAAAAUCGAAGCCAUCACCUCCAUAGCUCCACCAAGAUCAAUCAAGAUAGUCCAACAGCUUAAUGGCUGUUUGGCAUCUUUGAACCGAUUUAUUUCACGGUCGGCGGAUAGAGGUCUCCCCUUCUUCAAGAUUCUAAGGGGUGGAAAAAAGUUUGAGUUGGAUGAAGCCUGUCAAAAAGCUUUCAUCGAAUUGAAGUUGUAUCUUGCAUCUCCACCCUUACUCACGAAACAUCAGCCCAGAUACACCCUCCUUCUAUACUUAGCGACCUCAGCAGAUGCCACCAGCGCGGUCCUCAUCCGAAAUGGAGAGAAAGGUCACCAGCCAAUAUACUACAGAAGUUGCGCCUUUCAAGGAGCUGAACAACGCUAUACCACCAUGGAAAAACUCGCCCUCGCCCUCAUCAAUGCAGCUCGGAAGCUCCGACCUUACUUCCAAUCACAUCAAGUGGUGGUUCUCAACUACCCCCUGAAGCAGAUAUUAAGGAGUCCAGAGACAUCUGGGCGGUUAGCCAAAUGGGCAAUAGAACUGAGUGAAUACGGGGUAGAAUUCAAACCCCGCCCCGCCAUCAAGGCACAAGUAUUGGCCGAUUUAUUAGUAAAAAUGACCUCGCCAGAAGAGAGCACCUCCCUCCCCGCUUGCCUCAAUAAUGUAGCUAAGUAUGAAACAUUGAUUGCUGGAAUCCGCCUCGCCCUAGCAGCCGGAGCACGUAAGCUCCUAAUACAAAUUGACUCUCAGCUCGUCGUUAAGCAAGUACUCGGAACCUAUGAGGCCAAAGAAGACUCCAUGGCCAAGUACUUAGCCCUCACGCAUACUUUGUUAUCCAAGUUCGAGAGCUAUGAAAUAAAACAAGUACCUCGCUCCAACAACAUCCAUGCGGACAAAUUAGCUAGGCUUGGAAGCUCCAUGGCAAGCAUUGGGAGUCGAAAAGUUACUCUCCUCACCUCGCCUCAGCCAGAGAUAGCUUCCACCGAUGAAGUGCAUUACAACGAGGAGGAUGAGCCAUGUUGGUUCACUCCUAUCAUAAAUUAUCUCAAGAAUGGAGAACUUCCAACCGACAUCACCCAAGCACGAAAGUUGAAAACGAGAGCCGGUUGCUUCGUAGUGGUGGGAGAAGAACUUUACAAACGAGGAUUCUCAUUCCCCUAUCUCAAAUGCCUCGACCCAACUAAAAUACGUACUUCGAGAAGUACAUGA